AUGAAGAAGGGUAUACAGUUUAUUUGGGGCAUAGAGUGCCAAAAGGCCUUUGAGACCUUGAAGACCAAGUUGACUACAGCACCGGUUUUGUCCAUUCUGAGCAGUGAGAGGACAUUGGUUGUCUACACAGAUGUGUCAUUAGCGUGCCUAGGAGGCGUUUUGAUACAGACCCAGAGAGUAGUAGCUUAUGCCUUUCGACAGUUAAGGACGCAUGAGCAGAACUACCCCCACACACGACUUGAAGCUAGUAGCAGCGGUCUUUGCACUGAAGACAUGGAGGCAUUACCUGUAUGGGAUGCAGUUCAAGUUAUUCAUAGACCACUAGAGUCUGAAGUACCUAUUUUCUCAGAAGAAACUCAACCAGAGGUAGCGGCGAUUAGUCGAGUUCAUCAAGGAUUAUGA